AGGGAUUUGGUAAUUUUCUGAAUUUGUAGUUUUUUUUUUUUUGCUUGAGCUGAUUAAUUAAAUUUUGUUUGGUGUUAUCCAGGAAGAAAGCGGUGCAAUAGAUCAACAAAAUGGAAGAUAUUGGAGAACCUGAGAAGCUUGUAGAGAGCAUCACUUACAUGGAUGUUCCUUUGUAUAAGGCUGCAGCAGAAGGCAAAAUUGAAGAAUUUGAUAAUUGCCAGGGGCUUAACCUUGAGUCACUAAAGACCCCAAACUAUGACAAUGUGCUCCAUGUUAACUUGGCAAACAGCGAGCGUACUGCGAGUGCAUGGUCUUUUAAAUCAAGGUCCAGACGCAGUAACAGAUCAGAUUUUGUCAAAAAAAUUCUUGGCGAGUGUCCGUUACUGCUACUCCAAGCGAACCGUAAAGGUCAAACUCCAUUGCACAUUGCAGCAAGGUAUGGACGUUCUACCACUGUGAAACUUUUUAUCGAGUCUCGUGCUAAUGGAGAUAUAGAAAAUCUGGGAAUGGACGAAUUGGAGGCUGUUAGGGAGAUGUUGAGGCUUAAGGAUGAGGAAUCCAACACGGCUUUACAUGUAGCUGCACGGUACGGCCAUGUUGGAGUGGUACAAGCGUUGCUGGAGCUUGAAGACCCUGAUUUUCCAUAUUCUGUGAACAAAAACCACGAAACUCCACUUUACUUGGCUGCUAAGGGAGGAUAUUGGCGAUCGGUGACUAUAUUAUUAGAUAAAUGGAAAUCAACUGUUCAUGGGGGGCCGUACGGUAGAACAGCUUUGCAUGCAGCAGUUAUGUCUGGUGAUGUAGAGACAACAAAGAAAAUACUGAAGGUGAAAGGGGAUUUAACAAAGGAAAUAGAUGAAAAUGGACACACCCCACUUCAUUAUGCAGCACACUUAGGUUACUAUCCAAUAGUGGAAAAGCUGUUAAAGAGGGAUGUUUCAGCUGCUUAUAUAGGUGAUAAAAAGUGGGAGAUGACACCCCUUCUUAUGGCAGCCAGGCAAGGCCAUGAAGGAACAGUAAGAAAGAUUCUCUUUCAUUGUCCAGCUUGUUGUGAAAAAGUGGACAAAAGAGGUUGGAAUUUACUUCAUUUUUUGGCGUUUAGAGACCGUUCUCUUGAAUUAAUUCUUUCCUUUAUCAUAACUGGUGAUGCGAAGUAUAAAUAUGGAUCAAUAAAAAAUCUAAUGGACUGGAAAGAUGCCUCUGGAAUCACACCUCAACAAGUUUGUGAUGCAUAUCAAGGCGAGGCAUCUUGCAAGUCCAAGAACGAUCAACGUAAAAUGGACCAAAUUGUGAAAUUGGUGAAAGAUAUUGUUGUUAAUGAAGAAGUGGCGGAGGAAGCAGUUAAUCCCGUUCCCUCGCCAACUGUCACGGGAAAUGAUUUGGAGAAGAGACUAUAUCUGGAGAAGGCAAGAGAUACUCAACUAGUAGUGGCAGCACUUGUAGCCACCGUCACAUUUGCAGCAGCAAUAACCGUUCCAGGUGGUUUCAAGGGUGAAAAAGAAAUAGACCAGGGCACUCCUUUUCUAAUUCAUAAGGUAGCAUUCCAAACAUUUAUCGUAACAGAUGCAAUAGCCUUUGGUCUCUCUGUUCAUGUCCUCCUCAUCCACUAUGGGAUGUUGCAACAUUUUCAGUCACGUUCGCGUGAUAAAAUAGGAUUUAACAUAACGUCAGCUUCUCCUUUCCUCGGUUAUGCAAUGUAUGCGAUGAUGAUUGCUUUCUGCACAGCCGUUUAUGUGGUGUUAAAACCUUCCCACGGACUUGCCAUCACUUCAUGUUCCCUCGGCCUUAGCAGUUUUUUCUUUUAUUUUCUUAAAGGAUUUUUUGAAGGAUUUUUGGAAUCUUUAAGGAAAAAUAAGGAGGAGUGUUGAAGUUAGUUUCCAUGCAACACUGACAGCAACAAUGGUGGCCAUGCAAAACAUAUGGAGCAAAGUAGCAGCACAUGAAGACAGGAACUGAAGCUCGUGAAUGCUGUCCAAAUUCAGCAGAUUUUGUUGGCUUAAUUCUAUAUUUUGUGACUUAGUUCUUGUAGAACUUAGUUGGUAAAAUUAUGAUGUGUUUUUUGAUGUUGAUUGACUGAAAAAUCAGCAAAGUAACUUAAGCAAGCUGAUUAACAAUUUCCAAUGUAAUUUUAGUGGUGUUAGGUAAUUGAUUAGAUGAUAGCUUACUUGUUUUGUAAAA